GGCGGUCGGAGAGCGGCAGGCAGUGGGAGGUGCGGCAGGCGGUGCUGCGCUGGUGGCGCUUCCGCGGGCACCGCUGCCGGGUCUCGGCGCCUCUCGGGUGUUCUGCACGGCGCCGCACGGAGACACCACCGUGCAGGACCGGGACUGGGCAUGCAGAACGGAGAAGGCGCCUCACACUCUGAGCACCAGCACGACUCCGGCCCCCGCUUUGGGGGUGUUUUGGAGUUCUCCGCUGCAGCCGGCGACCUCCUCUUGCAGCACCUGGGCUUCCUCUGAAGUCUCUGUGUGUAGCCCCCGAAACGGGAGGCGUUGAGGCUUCGGGAGCUACAGUCAGGCACUCUCUGCUCAGUGACAUAGCUCUGGUCCUGCUUUGUGACAGCUCUUCACACCUAGCAUCCAAUGCCCCUCCUCCGGUAAACACAAAUAUUACUACGUUUCCACAGCCUGUCAUCAUUUGCCUUCCCAGAUUGGGUCUUCACCUCAGCUGUUCAGUCCUAGCAUUCCUCCCCAGAAGGAGGCCAUAAGCAGCUCUUGCCCUGGUACAGUUUGCAGAUGGCGAUUCUGCUGGCUCAGAAGCUGAAUGAUAAAGGAGAAGCUUAUGGUUUAAGCACCACAUGUUAGGCUGCCUGCGUUCAUGCUGCCCGUUGAAGAAGGAAGCGUUUUCCGUUCCGUUGGAUGGCUGUGCAAAAGCAAGAUCGUGUUUGCCACCAAAUCCUCCAGAAUGUGCUGCUGUUCCCAGCCUGGAAACUCCACACUUGAAAAUUACAACAAAAAAUGGAGAAACAAUCUAUCUGUCUGGGGCGAGAUUAAAGUAUGUUCCUCGCCCAGGAUACAAGCUCAGUGGAACACAAGUGAUAACUUGCUCUGCGGGAAACUGGACUCCAGCUCCUGCAUGCUUGGAACUGCCAUGUGGAAGUAUUCCAAGGGUUGCCAAUGCUCAGCCUGAAGGCAGGCACAAAGAAAGUUAUGAGCCUGGAGAAACAAUUCACUACCACUGUGGGGCAGGCUUCCAGAUCAUUGGUUCUCCUGAAAUUUUUUGCAGAGAAGGAAACUGGACAGAACCACCCUCCUGUGAAGAUAACAGUUGUGGAGCUGCACCUGAAAUUCCCCAUGCUUACAUUACAAGCACUCAACAGGAGCGGUACAGACCUGGUGCCAGAGUGCAGUAUGAAUGUGGAAGCGAUUUUCAAAUGAUGGGUGAAAAUUAUAUUGUUUGUACAAAUGGUGAAUGGUCAAACCCACCAACUUGCACAGGUAGGAAUCUGUACUGUCUUGCUUGCUAGCUCUGGAGGGGCACUUUGUUUA